AUGCAGCGCACGGCAACCUCGGGCAGCACAUCCUCGGAAGGCUUCGACCUCAACGUCAAGACAGAGUGGGAGAGGGAGGUCAGCGGAGCAAGCAAUACCAGUGUCCUUACCUUCACCAACAGAGGCGAGAUCAAGGAGAGUACUGGCGAUGAAUCCCAGCAGCACAAAACGAAGAGCAAGGGCAUCGCCACGGAAUACUUCAAACGCUCCGAAACAGAUGCAGAUUCCUUCACACUCAAGGGCAAGGUUUUCGCGCAGUCUGAGAAGUCUGUCGCCUUGACAGUCUGUCAGGGUUUCUCUCGUAAGAUUCUCCGGAACAAAAUGUUUGCACAUUUUAUGGUUGUCAUCGUCGUAAUGGAUGCAUUCCUGACCGCGACGGAUAUCGAUUUCAGAGCUCGUGGUGAGACGCCUCCUGGGCUGGUGCUGGGUUUGUCGACGAUGUGCCUGAGCUUGUACGCCCUCGAGCUCUUGUUUCAAGUCUUCGCACGAGGACGCCGGGUAUUGCACGAUUGGCUGGCUUGGAUGGACCUGAUUAUUAUCGUGUCGGGCUGCGUCGAUCUGCUAGUGAGCGCCUUUGUGAAGAUUGAGUUUCUAUCCAAAAUCGGUGCCAUGCGAGUGCUGCGCCUGAUUCGGAUCGUUCGGCUGCUGCAGCUUCUGCGCCGAAAUCGAUCCUUGAAAGAGUUGCAGAAGCUGGUAAAUAUGUUGGCCACCUGCUUGAAGACGCUUUUAUGGUCUUUCGUGUUUCUGUGUCUCGUGAUGACUGGCUGGGCCAUGCUGAUGGUUGAGAUCAUACACCCUUAUGUGCUGGAGCUACAUGAAGUAUUCAGCGAUUGUGAGCAAUGCAUGCGGGCCACAUCGACGGUAAUGCAGGCAAACUUACUGUUGUUCAAGACGGUCAUUGCCGGAGACAGCUGGGGUCAGAUAGCCGUGCCAAUCAUUGAGUCCCACCCUGAGACCUCGAUCAUUUUUGUUGGAUCGCUGCUUACUCUAGUCUUUGGCGUUCUCAACCUUAUAGUUGCCGUAGUUGUGGACACUUUCGCCGAAGUUCGGGAGAAUGACGUCGUCAACUUGGCCCAAGAGCUGGAGUUCAACAUAGAAGAUGAUCAGAAAAUCCUCCGACAAAUAUUUCACCGAAUCGACGCAGAUGAGGAUGGUGAGCUGACAUUGGACGAACUACUCGACGGUGCCCACCACGACUCUGAGUUUCAAAGCCGGCUGAAGGUCAUGGAUAUCGAUGAGGUUGACUUGCAGCAGCUUUUUGAGAUGAUUGACGCGGAUGGAUCCGGUUCCAUUGCAGUGGAAGAGUUCAUCGUCCCCCUAAGCCGUUGGGUACAUGACUCCAAGACUGCGCCGCGCUUCAUCAAGUACAAUCUGCUGCGUGCGAUGACGCAGCAGGAGGAGCUACUGCGGUUCUCGCACCAGAAUUUCAACUCCAUGUUUGAACGAGUGGAUCGAAUGUCUUUGGUCCUCAACAAUCUUGCCGCCAAGCACGGCUGCGCGACAAAGCCGAGCAAGUCGACGGCAGCGUUCAACGAAGGUGCAACGAAAGACCCGGUUUCCGCAGAGAAGCAACUGGGGCACAAGGCUGACGAGGAGAAGGUUUCUCCCGAUGCCCAUAGUUUGGAGCAGCCACAUGCGUCCAUCCUCUCUCCCCAGCUGAACAACCUCAAGGGUGACAUGGAGACGGCCUUAGAGGCAGCGUUGCUGGUCUUGGAUGCCUCUUUCCGGGACGCCGCAGAUGCCCUGAAGCAAUCCCAGUCAGUGGUCGAGAGCCAGCUGGGGCUUCUCGCAGAGUCGGUGACAGGUGCAAACAGGAGUCAAAGCGUGCAAACGAGAAGGGAGGCUCCGGAAACGAGUCACGAGGUUGGAGAUCGUUCGCCACCGGACAGACCUGCGUCGGAACUUGCUUGUGCAGGCAAGCCGCCAGCACGACAGCACGCGGACGUCUCACGGGAUCCAGAUUGGAAGAGAAAGGAGAAACCUGAAAAAGCAUAUGGCCAGCAGCAGCAGCGGACCAUUUGA